AUGCUUAAAAAUAUUGGUAAGAGGCAAUUGACGUUUAGGAGAUGUUUAUUUGGUGAUGGUUUAAAACCUAAGGAACAAACAUUUGUAUACAAAAGGAAAAUUAACAGUAACACAAAGUUACUAUACGAUGUUAUCUCAAAUGUAAAACAAUACCAAGAAUUUAUACCUUAUUGCAAAGAAUCCUUUGUCAAUAAGUCAGAUAAAAAUGGCUUACCAUCAGAAGCUGGACUUCGAGUUGGUUUCCAGAAGUACGACGAUAAAUUUACUUGUAAUGUCCUCUGUGAAGAUAAAGGUGCUAACAAUUACAAUAUCGUUACUGAAAGCAUUAGCCAUAAUUUAUUCUAUUUCUUAUAUGGCAAAUGGACAAUUACUCCUCUGCGGAACAAUAAGCAAAGCGAUCUUGAGUUGGAAUUGAAGUAUAAAUUCAGGUCACCUAUUUAUAAUGCAGUAUCGUCAAUAUUUGCAAAGAGUGCAACAUCUUUAGUGUUGCAUGCUUUUGAGAAAAGAGUAUAUGAAAUCAUUAAGAAGAGCAGGUAG